AUGGAGAACAUAUCACUCGACAAUGUUCGAGAGAACUUCAGUUUCCGGGCCGAAGACGUGCAAAUCAAUGGGUCUAGAUCGAAGCAGGGCGUGGCUAACUUUCUAGGUAUCCCCUACGCCCAGUUUCCUGCUCGAUUCCGAACAGCCGGGCGGGUCGACCUUGGUCUCCUCGAUGGACAGCUGGAUGCAUCUCGAUAUGGACCUCGCUGUCCACAAAAGACCGACAACAUCCACCCUAUGAUGCACCACAUGUUUGAGAAAUUGUCAAUGUCUCAGAGUCUGUGGGUGUUGCGGAGCACUCCAGAUUGCCGGUGUUUGUAUGGAUACACGGAUGACAACCACCUUGUGAGAAGGUCCAUGGAUCUUGGGAGGCCGAUCGUCAUUGUGACUCUCAAUUACCGGCUGAACGUUUUUGGCUUUUUGAGCUCGAGGGAGAUUAUACAAGAAGCAAAGCCGCUUGGUGAAGUUCCCAUUCUGAAUCAAGGCCUUAAUGACCAGCGUAUCGGGCUUGAGUGGAUUCAGAAGUCGAUUCAUCACUUUGGUGGAGACGCGUCAAACGUCACUCUGUCCGGCGAGUCUGCCGGGGCUGCAUCAGUCUGUUGCUAUUUGAAAGGUGGCCACGCGCUUUUCCAUCAGGCCCUGAUCCAAUCCAGCCCCAAGCCACGCUUGAGGUCGCUUGAGGAGGCACAGGCUACCUUCGAUCAACUUGUCGAAUCGGCAGGCAUAGCAAAAGAUGCGUCAGACGCUGAGAAACUGGCGAGGCUGCGGGCUUUGUCGGCAGGUCGACUUGUCGAGUUGUUCGAUGGCAGCGUUUCAUUGCCCAUCGAGGAUCCCAACUGGUUUGAGUUGACCACCUCUUGGGAUAGUGUGCCACAGUGGUGUUCGAGGAUCAUCAUGGGCCACACAAAGGACGAAGCAGCACUCUUUCUGACACCAUUUCAGAAUCUGCCGGAUGCAGUGCUUGCGGAGCAUGUGCGCAAACUUGCCCCGGAGCUGGCGGGGGAGGCCCUGUUCUCUGGUGGUCAUGAUGCUUUACAGACCCUUACGGAAUGGGCGACUGAAGAGACAUUUGUACGACCGACGAUGGAUAUGCUCUCGGACGCCGCAGAGCAGGGCACCACCGUCUACGCAUAUGAAAUCUCCGUCGUUGAUCCUUUCCCGGGUCCUCUGCAUGGGUACGCGUGGCACUCGUUUGGGGUUCCAUUGACCUUUUACGAGCCUUCGGCCCGAGUUUAUCCCCAGAUCAAAGCGACACAGGAUAAAAUGUCCGAGGCGUAUGUCGCUUUCUUUCACGGUCUCGAGCCAUGGGAGGCGUUUAACGUUGCAAAGCGAAAGAUGUGCUGGGACGGUGAACAGACUCGCUUGGUGGACUGUUCGGUGGUGGAAACGAGGGACAAAGAGGACAAGACGCCGGAUCUGCCGUGCAGGACAUCUGCAGAGGCGGGCAUGGGGAUUAUCGCUGCGGCCUUGAAGAUGCAGACGUCUUAG